AUGAGCCAGAAAGAAGAAGAAAUGGAGGACAGUUCCCUGCCACUCUGUGUCACCUGCGGCCAAGCGCAUUUACCGGAAGAAAACCACUUGUACAGCUACACCGAAGAAGUAGAUGAUGAUCUGAUAUGCCACAUUUGCCUGCAACCUUUGCUUCAGCCAUUAGACACGCUCUGUGGUCACACCUUCUGCACAGCCUGCCUUACAAACUUCCUUGUGGAAAAAGACUUCUGCCCCAUGGACCGCAAGCUUGUGAUUCUCCAGACGUGCAGGAAGUCCAGCAUACUAGUGAAUAACCUCCUGGAUAAGCUAAUGGUUAGCUGCCCUUUCACAGAACACUGCUCAGAGGUCGUGCAACGUGGUCACCUUGAACAGCAUUUCCAAACCCAAUGUAAAGGAGCAUCCCACUAUGGCCUUACCAAGGAACGGAAGAGGCGUUCCCAGGACUGCUCUCCGGACCACGGCUCCAGCUUAGCGGUAGCUGCCCUGGGCCCUGAGCUCUCAGCAGCUGCGGCCAUCGCCUUAAUGACAGAUGAGCCAGGGCUGGUGAACCCAGCCUUCAGCCCCACCUCAGAGGACAGCCAGCUGGGGAGCAGCCCCGGAGACCUGCACCGCAGCAACCGGAACAGAACUCGACACUUUGAACGUUCCACUAUAAGAAGCAGAUCUUUUAAAAAAAUAAACAAGGCAUUCAGUGUUCUUCGAAGGACAAAAAGUGGAAGUGCCGUUUCCAACCAGACUGACCGGGAGAGGGAGACUGUUGGAAACUCUGCUACUGGAGAGGAAGGUUUUCCCAGGUUGUAUCACCUGAUUCCAGAUGGAGAAAUAACCUGUAUUAAGAUCAGCCGUACUGAUCCCCAUGAAAAUCUGGCCAUCAGGAUUGUGGGAGGCAGUGAGACCCCUUUGGGUCACAUUAUUAUACAGCAUAUUUAUCGAGAUGGGGUAAUUGCCAGAGAUGGAAGAUUGCUGCCUGGAGACAUGAUACUAAAGGUAAAUGGCAUGGACAUCAAAAAUGUGCCUCACAACUAUGCCCUGUCAAUCCUGAAGCAACCUUGCCACGUGCUCCGACUGACAGUGCUCCGAGAGCAGAGGUACCGAUGCCGAAACAGCGGACUUUCCCUUGAUGCUCACUGCAUUAGGGAUGACAGCUUCCAUGUUGUGCUAAACAAGAGCAGCCCAGAUGAGCAGCUGGGAAUAAAGCUGGUCCGCAAGGCCGACGAGCCAGGGGUAUUUAUCUUCAACUUGCUGGAAGGUGGCAUGGCUGCCCGUGAUGGACAGCUGCAGGAGAACGACCGGGUGCUGGCCAUCAAUGGGCACGACCAUCGCUACGGCAGCCCAGAGAGUGCAGCCCAGCUGAUUCAGGCCAGCGAGAAGCAGGUCCACUUCGUGGUGUCGCGGCAGACCAGACAGCAGACCCCCGACCUCUUGCAGGAGACCGGCUGGAGUUACAGUGCUGGCAGCUCUUCUCCCGCUGAGAGAAACAACCCCGGCAAGAGCACUCUUCACACUGUCACCUGUCAUGAGAAGGUGGUGGCUGUCCGGAAAGAUAACACAGAAUCGCUGGGGAUGACGGUGGCAGGUGGAGCAUCUAACCGGGAAUGGGAUUUGCCUAUCUAUGUGAUAAGUGUGGAACCCGGAGGAGUGAUCAGCAGAGACAGCAGGAUAAAAACAGGUGACAUCCUCCUGAACGUGAAUGGCAUUGAUCUGACGGGAGUUAGCCGGAGUGAGGCUGUCGCCCUACUGAAGAACACCAACUCCUCAGUGGUGCUCAAAGCCCUGGAGAUGAGAGCAUGUGAAGCCCAGGAGGAGCGGGGUCACCUUCCACCCCCUGAAGAGACACAGGUGACCUCCGAGAGCAGCGAGUGGUCACCAUCCUGGGUGAUGUGGCUGGGGCUGCCACGGUAUUUGUACAGCUGCAAAGAAAUUGUAUUACGAAGAAAUACAUCUGGAAGUCUUGGCUUCAGCAUCGUAGGAGGUUAUGAAGAACAUACUGGGAACAAACCAUUCUUUAUCAAAUCCAUUGUUGGGGGAACACCAGCAUAUAAUGAUGGCAGAAUUAGGUGCGGAGACAUCCUCCUUGCUGUCAAUGGCAGGAACACAUCAGGAAUGAUGCAUGCCUGCUUGGCAAGGAUGCUCAAAGAACUAAAAGGAAAAGUUACUCUCACAAUUGUGUCAUGGCCUGGCACAUUUUUAUAAAACAAGUCUUCAUGGAGAGUAUGACAAGUAUCUUAACAUGGGGAAAAAAUUUUAAAAAGGAACAUUAGUCUUGGCUUUUUUGGGGGGUCAAGUAUGUAUUUAUAAAGAAAAGGUUUGUGAAAUUUCAACCUGCAUGUCAAGAAAAGUCAAGUUUAGGCAAAGCAGUGACACCUGUCAGAAAAUCACUUGGAGUGAUCCAAGCUACAGACUUAAGUCCUUCUUUCCCUGUGUUCUUAAGGAUUUUUUGUUGGUUUUUUUAUACAUAUCUAUAUAUCUAUUUAAUGCAUUAUAAUAAUAAUGAAAUUUAAGGAGCAACAGCUUCUGCGCACCCACUUUAUUUUGAUUUACAAAAAGAAAACCUCAAAUAACUUAUGGAAAUAUUUCUUGCAAUUUUUCUAGUUGCAAUAAUCAGGUGAAGGUUUUUAUCCAACACAUUAAUAGCACUUUGAUUAUGUGUACCUUUUCAUGGUCAGCAUGAAGCUGGUAUUUUCAAGACUUUCAAGUACUGUUUGUUAGUCUGUAAAACUGUGAAUGAAAUUUCUAAAGUAAUUAAAAAUAAUUGUAACUGUGUACUUGUACAGACAUUAUUUUCAUCCAAAACCAAAUUACCUCAUUUCCCUGGUUUGUUCUGAUGAAUACUAUUAUUAAUACUAUUAAAUCUGGGACUUUUAUAUAGAAUAUUACUUUUAAGAAAGUACACUGCACCCUGCUAAUGCCAUCAAAUGAGUCUUUUGAAUAGCAGUAAAAUUUUUGUGGGAUUGCCUUAUCACACUUGAUACUGUUCUGCAUGAAGUAAAUCUAAAAAUUAUGGUGGUCUUAUAUGUCUUUUAAAAUAGCCCUUUGUCUUUCUCUGCAAAUAACUCAUGUUCCUCAGUCUUGUUUUUAUCUCACAAGCUUGCAGUGGGAAGAGGAUAUGUUUGUUAAUCUUUAUCGUGUUAAGGGCAGCUGUUCCCCUAGAACAAAGACUAAAAUGAACUCUCUCUUAAGCCACUGAAAAGCAGCAGGGAUGCUUAUCCAGCUUAAUUCAUCCUUAUGCACCCACACAAACCAGACAUAAUUACCAAGUGUAUCAUCACCAUGCUCAGUGUUCCAUUCAACUAAGAACAAUCAGCACCUUUCCCACUUUCCCUAGUUUUUUUUUGCUCCACAUUAUUACACAGCUUUUGAAGAGCCUGCAGUUCCUGUGUGUCCCUGUAGUAAAAGAUGACCUUUCCAAAUAUGACUCCAAAAGCUUUGCUAAACCCACACUGUUCCAGAUGUUGGGUAUAUAAUAAAAUGAAUGCACACUGUUUCUAAAGUCAGUAAAAGAAUGACCUUCCCGUCGGCUUAUGAAAAAAGGAGACAAUUUAAUACAAAGAAUUUAAGCCCUAC